CGCCGCCGCCGCCGCCAUAUUAGUCGCUGGGUUCCGCCGACGCCGCCGCCGCCCGGCUCCGAGUGUCCGUCCGCCCGCCCGCUCCGGGGGAGGGAGCGCUGGGCCACCGACAACUCCCAACCCCCAGCCGCGGCCUGGGCGCCGCUGCCCCGACACCAUCCGGAGGCCCCCGUUCGGAAGGCGCUGCCGCGGGGUUUGAUGUCGAGAUGAACAGCAACAGCAACAAGCGAGCUCCAACAACAGCAACCCAGAGACUGAAGCAGGACUACCUUCGAAUAAAGAAAGACCCAGUGCCUUAUAUCUGUGCUGAACCUCUCCCAUCUAAUAUUCUUGAAUGGCAUUAUGUGGUACGAGGUCCUGAGAAAACACCAUAUGAGGGUGGUCUUUACCAUGGGAAGUUAGUUUUCCCCAGAGAAUUUCCAUUCAAACCACCUAGUAUUUAUAUGAUUACACCAAAUGGAAGAUUCAAAUGUAAUACACGGUUAUGUCUUUCAAUCACUGAUUUCCAUCCAGAUACCUGGAACCCAGCCUGGUCUGUCUCCACAAUCCUGACGGGUCUCCUUAGUUUCAUGGUAGAGAAAGGCCCUACAUUGGGCAGCAUCGAAACCUCCGAAUAUACUAAAAGACAACUUGCUACCCAAAGCAGUGCCUUUAAUCUAAAGGAUAAAGUGUUUUGUGAGCUUUUCCCAGACCUAGUGGAGGAAAUAAAAGAGAAGCAGCGGGCACAAGAAGAACUAAGUAACAGGGCCCAGGCUCUGCCUUUGCCGGAUGUUAUCCCUGAUGGUGAAAUGCACCAGAACGGGGUGCCGCUACUGAACGGGCACGCGGUGUUGCCAGCCGCCAACCACCAAGGUCUCCAACAGGCCAACCGAAACCAUGGACUCCUCGGAGGAGCGUUAGCAAACUUGUUUGUCAUUGUCGGUUUUGCGGCGUUUGCCUACACAGUGAAAUACGUGUUACGAAGCAUAGCACAAGAAUAAAGCUGGCGAUGAGACCAAAUUACUGCAAGACUUGCGAGCAAAAUCUGACUCCUUUUGGGGAAAGCUGUGCGGAAGGGGAAAGAAUAAGACUGCGCUGGAGUGAUGUAAUUAAAAUUACAUUUGUAUGUGUGCAAAACAUGACCAACUAGAGCCGAUGGUUUUCUUUCGUGAAUGGAUCAACGGAGCUAGCAAAUAGUUGAAGAAUAUGCAGAAGGUUCAGGUUUACUGUGCUGGUCAUGUGUACUUUACAAUGGGUGACCAAUAUUAUGCCUCUUAAUUAUGAUUCUGAAACUAGCAUUAUUUCUUAAAAAAAAAAAGGGGGCAUGUUUUGCAGCGACAUUUUCAGAUUUUAAUUGUUUACUUCAAUGAUUAAAAAUAUCUACCCCAGCAUAAAUGACUUUUUAAUGUAUUUAUAGUACUGUUGCAUUUAGACCCCCUACAGGAAGCAUUUCUGGAAAAAUAAAAUAGAAAAAGUGAAUGCUGAGCAAAAUAAAACUGGGUAUGAACUUAAAGAAGCAAUUUUUAAAUGGUUACUUUUUGUUUUAGUAAAAUGGGAAAGGUGAGUAUGGUCGUCCAGUGUAAAAUAAGUGGCUGCUGAAGAGAUUGCGACCCUGUGCACAUUCCUACAAACUAAUUAUCAGCUUUUUAAGUUUUAUGGAUAAUCCUUGGCAAAACAGUAAGAUAAAUCAUUUUUUUUGUAAUAGAUUUCUUUAAAAAUGCGCAAUGCCCCUCUUGUGUUGCUGAAAAUGAUACUGUAAUAGUCAACUAUCAAUUAUUUUUGUUAUUUCUGGAAGAUGGUUCUGUUUGCCUUUAGUACAAUAUCUUUGAAAUUGAGCAAUACAAUUUUCCACAAAAUAUCCAACCUGCACAAAAUUUUAAUAUUAAAAAACCUUAAUUGCAACCUAUUAGUUCAAUGUGACGAUCUUGGCAACAUCUUAUCCUAAUUUCACAACUGUCAUGAAGUGUGAACAUUAGAGAUUUCUAAUUUUAAUAUAUCAUCUCUAGCAGCCAAGAGAGAUUAGAUUUUUCGCUUGGUUGGCGAACAUAGUGUGAUUGGUCACAUUCAAGUAAAUCCCUGGAUGUCGUUAUACCCGACCCACUGCAGUAUUGAGUAGGUUUUGCACAAUUGCAGCAAUUAUAUUAUAAAUGGCUACCAAUAAAAUGUGCAGAAUAUCAGUGGUAUCAUUCGAUGGCAUUGAAGAGAGAGCCUAAAAAUCUUCCAGAAGUUGCGUUAAUUUCCUGACAAGACUGAUGUUAUUGUGUGUGUCAAGUCCACAGUUUUAUUCUGAAAGUAUCGAGUAGGGAAAUGUUUUUGUCAUGAAGUUCUACCUUAUAAUGUACAAAAUAUUUGUCAAGUCUUUGGUAAAUGUUUCUUGAAAGCUGCACUGGAACGGGGAAAGUGUUGGUGACUUUGUAUUUUGGAAUUAUUGAAGCGGAACAAUGGAAAAACAAUGCAAAUUCAUUGAACUGAGCAUAUAAGUUAUACGUGGCAAGGCCUCUCUGCCUUAUCCAUAAGAUUAUUAAAGUGAAUUUGUGGAUUUUUUUUCCUUUUAUAGCAACAAACCUCAAUGUAAAUAACAUAAUCUAGAAACCAUUAACGAGCCUUGCCAGGAAAGAUCUAUUUAAAGCUUCAAAAACAAUAAGUUGACUUCAGUAUAUGGUAGGUUUAUGUUCUGAUCUGUGUUUCAGUUUGUAAAAUCAAUAAAUUCUUUAUCACACAAAA